AUGGAGAAGGCUGCGAUGGACGGCCCGUCCCAAUCCGACGGUAUUCUCGAUGUUACACUUCAAGAGCAAAAUGCAGCACUCGCAGAGUCUAAGGGUGGCUCGGAGAGCGACACUGAAGUACCUCAUGUCUUCAAUGAGCAGACCAAUUACGUCCCUAAGAGAACCAUCAUCAUGAUAUUCCUCGCAUGUGCUAGUGUAGAUCUGUUAGCCCUUAUGGACCAAACUACAUUAGCUGCAAGCUUGUAUAUUAUCGCAGGCGCGCUAAAGUCAACCGACCAGGCGUCCUGGAUCGCCAGCGGAUAUUUCAUCACAUCCACGGUCGGGCAACUCCUAUAUGGUCGACUUUCAGAUAUCUGGUCACGCAAAGUGAUCCUACUCAUCGGCUUGGCUGUCUUUUUUAUCGGAUCUCUGGCAUCGUCUCUUUCUCAGACGGUCACACAGCUGAUCGUUUUCCGUGCUUUCACCGGCAUCGGCGGUGGUGGUCUAAUGACCAUUGCCCAGACCAUUGUCAGCGAUGUAGUGCCGUUAAGAGAAAGGGGUAAAUACCAAGGAAUUCUGGGAGCCGUUGUUGCCAUUGCUAAUGGAAUCGGACCCGUCAUUGGCGGGUCUCUCUCCUCGAUCUCGCAAGACUCUUGGCGCUGGAUAUUUCGUUUGAAUUUGCCGCUUACCUUGUUGACCACUUGUUGCGUCGUGUUCAUUAUGCCGCUGAAGAAAGUAGAGGGCGACUGGAAAUUAAAGCUGAAGGCUGUCGACUUUCUUGGCAUUGCCCUCACUCUAGCUGGCGUCACAAUUCUAAUGCUUGGAUUGACAUGGGGCGGCUCUGAAUAUCCCUGGGACUCGGCUGCCGUAAUAGUUACCUUGAUCCUCGGGUUCUUACUAUGCGUAGCCUUCGUUCUAUGGCAAUGGCGAGGGCCAAAAUUUCCCUUGGUGCCCUUGCAUAUAUUCAAGUCCAAAAUUGUCAACGGUGCAUGCCUUACUAUGGCUAUCAACGGCUGGAACUUUGUCGUCCAGGUCUACUACGUACCUACAUUCUAUCAGCUUGCCUAUGGCUACUCCGCAACCAAGGCUGGUGCUAUGCUGCUUCCAAUUACGCUCUUACAAACACUUAGCAGCACGCUAUCAGGCCUAGUUGUCCACUGGGUUGGCAGAUACCGCGAGUGUAUCCUAUUUGGAUGGGUUUGUUGGGCUAUUGGCCUUGGUUUGAUGUCAACACUUGAUCAAAAUUCAGGACUUGGGGCGCAGAUAGGAUAUGCUAUCAUUAUUGGAGUAGGAGUCGGCAAUACACUUCAGCCGGCUCUGAUAGCUUGCCAAGCUGGAGUGGAGAGGCGAGACAUGGCCGUGGUGACGUCCUUUAGAAACUUCGUACGAAAUUUGGGAGGAACACUGGGUCUUGCUAUCUGCGGCACUCUGCUGAAUAAUAUUCUAGCAAGCUCUAUUUCGUCGCUAGAAGUCAACGGCGACGAUCUUAAAGGCCUCCUAAACAGCCCGCAAUCUUAUCUGUCGUCUUUGCCCUUUGAUGAGUCAUUGAGGAUCCGUUCAGUCCUUGUACCUGCAUACCGCCGCGGAUUCCGGGUGAUAUUCCUUGUAGGGGCAUCCCUAGCUGCUCUCGCGUUUGUCAUUUCUUGGUUCAUGAUGCCCCAGGUUGAACUAAGCCGUCCUGAUGAUGAGAAGCUGAAAGAGGAGGCCCGAAGACAGCAUGCUGCGAAACAGGGUGUUUCCGCCCCUUGA